AUGAACUUCCAUCUCAGCUAUCAAUGGCUCUUUUACACCAGACCACCUCCAGGCCCUCCAUCUCCUGUCCCUGAUGGCCUGGAGCGGCAUUGGAUUGAUACACCACAAGGUAAACUGGAAAUCCUCUCAGCGACGCCACCCAAAGCCGUCACAGCCUGUGAUGGGCCUCCCAUUUACUUCUGCCACGGCGGCAUGGGCUGCGCCUGGGUCUGGACCGAGUAUAUGCAGUAUCUAGCUGCUCGCGGUGUGCGGAGCUAUGCCAUCUCCCUUCGCGGGCACGGCGAUUCCUGGUAUCCUUCAUAUUUCCGUAUGCUCUUCGGCACCAGCCGCCGUAUGCUCAGUGAUGACCUCGUUGCUGGUCUUAGAUGGGUUGAGCGGCGCGAGAAGCGGCGUGUUGUGCUUGUUGGCCACUCGAGCGGUGGUGGCCUGAGCCAGGGAAUUCUGUCUGAAGGGAGAGUAGACGUCGAAGGUCUCGCCCUCCUUGGCGCCGUCCCGGGCUAUGGAUCUAUGGGUGUGUACAUCAAUUGGAUGAAGCUGGAUCCCUGGUUCGGUCUGCGCCUCAUCUUUCACGGCUAUCAUUCCAACUCGCCUCUCUCACAUCCUAUUUUGACGCAACGAGUCUUCUUUGGAGAUAAAUUUCCGCUGUCUGCUGUCAUCCAAUUCCAGCGCCGCAUGAAUCGUUAUGAGAGCUACUUGUGGCCAUUCAGUAUGAUGAAGCCGUUUGCCCCAGCCAGAUCAGUGUUGCAACACAUUCACCAUGGCAGGAUGUUGGUAAUGGCCGGCUCACAAGACAAAAUUAUGACGCCUCAAAUCACUACAGAAACUGCGGCGUAUUAUCGCGAGGCUUCAGAAGGCGUCAAUGGUGCGGAUUCUGUACGGAUGGAACUUGUGGAAGGGGCUGGACACCAUUUACAGAACGAUAUCCAGUGGGAGGAUGGGGCGGCCAAGCUCUGGGACUUCUAUCAGACCAUUUCAUGA